AUGUCUGAUAAACUGGUUGAAGAAGACGUUAGUCUUUCUAUUCUUUCUAUUUGGCCCAUUUUAUUUCCACUGAGACUUAACUGUGAAAUUGAAUACCACCCCCUGAACACACUUAUACUAUCGUGUGACAUCUCAAGUUCCUUCAGUGACCUGGGACCAUUGAUUAAGAAGAUAAGUAUCAGGCCGGCUACGAAUAAAAACUCCGUGAGCCCCAAGGCGUUUGUUGUAGUCAAUACUGAAGCUAUUAGUGAAAUUAAGAGCUGUUGUGAGGCCUGUGCUCGAGCCUCUUUUCCAGGUGUUAUGCAGCCAGCCACAUCGGCUCCCCCCGCCCGCUCCCAAUACACCUCCACACGCAAAAAGCACAGCGGGGACCGCAGAGUAGCGCCGCUGCCGCCGACAGCUCCGCACCCCUCACCUCAGGUAGCAGCCCGGGGCGGGGUGUCCGUCGGCGGGCAGUCGCCACGGCUGGCGCGGACUCCCGGAGCCCAGCACGGCCGGGUGCUUCCCUGCGGCCAUCGCUCCACGGCAGGACCGGCUCUCAGCACUUCCGCAGCCCGCACCACAAUCUGCAGGCUCCCACGACAGGGGGGUCAGGCUCAGGAGGAGACCAGGGCCUCACGACCGCCCGGCGCUGAAGGGAGAGUAGGGCUGGGCCAAGCCCGCGCUGGGCGAACCGCGGCACGGGGAGAAGGCGCUCCACGACCCGUCUCCCUCACGAUCCAGCGGCUUCCGGCGCAUCCCAACGUCAUCGUCCCCCGCCGCCGCGCCCGGCCUCCUCCGCCCGGCGGCUCCCGCGGCCCGUGCCCCUACGCUCCCGCUGUCCGGGACGGGCGAGACGUGGCUGCUGGGGAAUCUCGCUGCCUGCUGGGUUCCGCCGCUUCCGACUCCUACCCGAGGUUUUGGUUUUGCCGUUGCCUGGGUCCAGCCCCAUGGUUGCCGAUAUUUGAAAUCCUCCUACCUAAAGCGAGAGGCAUACCGAGUGCUGCAGGUGUGUUAAGGAACUGGGUUAUGGUAUCCUCAGGAACCCAAAUAAUUUCGGGAUUUUAUAGCAAGUAUUGUUAAUUACUCUUAUUUCUUCAGUUCCUGUGUUUUUUUAACCUGUUGUACUGACUGUAAUGGCCCUGUGAGAAUAUUAAUUGUAUUGGACCAGUAUCUUUUUUUAAUAAGAUGUAAAAUCUAAUUUUAUAAAUAAAUAAAAUUUCCUUGCUUAACUCUA